AUGCCCCCCCAAAUUCCUCCCUUCGACUCCCUCCCAAUCGACAAACAAGGCCCUCCCUACAACGCCUGGGGUCUUUACGGUCCCGACGACGAGCUCGGCCGGCUAAACCUCAUCACCGCCGAAUCCGUCAAACGGGGGAAGAAUACCAUCACUGAGGGGAUUGCUAUCAACCUCAAUUUGCCGCUUUCGUUUUUUCCGGCUCAUGCUUCUCGCAAGAGGCUCGAACACAAUAUAAAGUGUAGCGGACAUUCCAAUGACGAUGAGCUCGCUCUCAACACCCAGACAUCGACUCAAUGGGACGGUCUUCGACAUUACCCAUAUCAAGACUGGCCGGAGAAGGGACAAUACAGGUUUUACAAUGGUAUGACGCUUGAGGAGGCGAGUGAUGUGAAUGUGAAGAAGCUGGGCACUCAGAACUAUGUCAACCACCCCAUAACAUCCCGCGCCCACCUCCUCGACAUCCCCCACCACCUCUCCACCCGUUCCCUCCCCCCUCUCUCCCCAUUCUCAUCCACCUCCUCCAUCCCCCUCCCCCUCCUCAAAGCCUGUGCUGCCGAAUCCAACAUCCACCUCCUCCCGGGGGACAUCCUCCUCGUCCGAACGGGUUUUGCGGAGGCGAUUUUGGAGCUCGGGGAGGAGGAGAGGGAGGGGUUGAGGCGGAGGGACAUUAAUGGAAGUUGUGGGGUUGGGAAGGGGGAGGAUGUUUGGAGGUGGCAUUGGGAGAACGGGAUUGCUGCUGUCGCUUCCGACUGCCCCUCAUACGAAAACUGGCCCACCCCCUCCCAACUCACCUCCCACCAAAUCUUCCUCGCCGGCUGGGGUCUCCCCAUCGGCGAGCUCUUCAAGCUUGAUGAGUUGGCGCAGAAGUGUAGAGAGUUGGGGAGGUGGACGUUCAUGUUUACGAGUAUGCCGUUGUUUGUGGAGGGGGGUAUUGCGAGUCCGCCUAAUGCGCAGGCUAUUUUGUGA